GCAAAUAACAGAGGCCUCCACCGUAGCCCUGAGUUUGGGCCGAUGUGGCCAGUCUAGACCAAACCAGAUUUGGGUUGAAAGUAUCCCAAGCCCAAUUCCUUUCACCAGGACCCAACAGUGAUGGCGGGAAACAAGAUCUUAUAACAAUCGCGUUUUUGUUAAAUGUCAAACCAUAAAGCCACCAAAAAUUGAACGAAAAAUCAAAGGUUUCUUCAGAGAUGGAAACGGAGAAAGUGGUAUCAGAGAUGGAAGAGCUGCCCAAGACUAUCGUGCGCAGAGUGGUUAAGGAUAAGCUCAACGAGUGUUCACCCGAUACCGACAUCACCGUCAACAAAGACUCCCUUCUCGCUUUCUCCGAAAGCGCCCGUAUCUUUAUCCACUACCUCUCCGCCACGGCUAAUGAUAUAUGCAAGGAGUCAAAGAGGCAAACUAUUAAUGCUGAUGAUGUAUUAAAAGCAAUUGAAGAAAUUGACUUUCCUGAGUUCGUUGGCCCUCUUAAAGCUUCCCUUGAUGAAUUUAGGCAGAAAAAUGCUGGGAAGAGAGCAGUAGCAUCAAAGUCAAAAGAAGAGAAAAAGAAACAGAAAGUCGAAGAUGAGCCAUCAAAGAUAAGUAAAAAAACCAAACAAGAUAAAGACAGUGAAGAAAAUGAAGAGUAGGAUGAUGGUGGGGGAAAGAAUGUGCAUGAACGGUUCUCUGUUAUCCUUGCCGAAGAGAUGAAACCUACGGCAUAUUCAUCUCUGUAACUUUUAGUAGGUUGAUAGUUUUAAUGAAAAUUAUCAAUUGUUUCGUUUGCUUAAAAGCAUUGUUUUAAAACCCGGACCGGAGGGUAAACCGUUUUACUGUCUGGGUCACGGUUCAAUCGGUCCAACCGGUUGGACCGGUCGGUUGGAUCGAUGAUGUCAGCAAUAUUUUAUUUUUAAAAAAUUACAUAUUAACCUCUUA